UAAUGUUAAACCAAGUAUUCAUAGCGUCUUUCACCCAAAACUCGGAUCCAUCUUCUUCACUACUCCUUAAUUCUUUUACUAUUAUUAUUAUUCUCCUUGUCUCCUUAAAGCUCCCACACACACCACAUUUUUCUACUUUUGUUUCUGCAAAUAUAUUCUUUCGCAACAAUGUCUUGGAAACUUCUUACCCCAAUUUAACUUUUUCUCUCUUCACCGUGUUACUGUUCUUUCAUCAAAGUAACCGUUUGUCUAUAUAUAUUGAUUUGUAUUUGUAAUAACUAAAACAGAGAAGAAAAAAUAAUUAAAAUAAACAUGGAGAGCUAUUUGAAUGAGAAUUUUGGAGGAGUGAAGGCGAAGCACUCCGAGGAGGAGAUGCUUCGCCGAUGGAGGAGCCUUUGUGGUGUAGUUAAGAAUCCAAAACGUCGAUUUCGUUUCACUGCAAAUCUCUCAAAGAGAUAUGAGGCUGCUGCCAUGCGCCGUACAAAUCAUGAGAAAUUGAGGGUAGCAGUUUUGGUUUCCAAGGCUGCAUUUCAGUUCAUAUCAGGUGAAUUUCAAUUUAUCCUUCAGUUUAAUAAGGUAACCCAAUGGGAAAAUCUCAAGGUGUUAAUUCUGUGGCUUGCAGGUGUGCAAGUAAGUGACUACACUCUCCCUGAUGAAGUUAAAAAAGCUGGUUUUCAAAUUGACGCGGAAGAGCUAGGAUCCAUAGUUGAAGGCCAUGAUCUGAAAAAGGUGAAAUUUCACGGUGGAGUGGAUGGUAUUGCAAAUAAACUGGCUACUUCAAGUACCGAUGGGCUAUCUACACGUGAUUAUAGUACUCUAAUCCACAGACAAGAGAUAUUUGGAGUUAAUAAAUUCCAAGAAAGUGAAGCUCGGAGCUUUUGGUUAUUUGUUUGGGAAGCCCUUCAGGACAUGACCCUCAUGAUCCUCGGUGCUUGUGCAUUUGUUUCUCUCCUUGUUGGCAUUGCAAUGGAGGGAUGGCCAGAUGGGGCUCAUGAUGGCCUUGGUAUAGUAGCUAGCAUUUUGUUGGUGGUCUUUGUUACUGCAACAAGUGAUUAUCGCCAAUCCUUGCAGUUCAGAGACCUGGAUAAAGAAAAAAAGAAAAUAGCCAUCCAAGUUACUAGGAAUGGGUACCGACAAAAGAUGUCUAUAUAUGAUCUAGUACCAGGUGAUAUUGUUCAUCUCGCAAUAGGAGAUCAAGUCCCUGCAGAUGGACUCUUUCUUUCAGGAUUUUCUGUUUUAAUCGAUGAGUCCAGUUUGACUGGUGAAAGUGAGCCAGUGACAGUCACCGCUCAGAAUCCCUUUCUUCUUUCUGGAACCAAGGUUCAAGACGGGUCUUGUAAGAUGUUGGUAACAACAGUUGGGAUGAGGACUCAGUGGGGAAAACUAUUAGCAACUCUCAGUGAAGGCGGAGAUGAUGAAACUCCAUUACAGGUCAAACUAAAUGGAGUGGCAACAAUCAUUGGGAAAAUAGGCCUUUUCUUUGCUGUUGUGACUUUUGCAGUACUUGUGCAGAAAAUGUAUAGCCGUAAACUUACAGAAGGAUCACACUGGAGCUGGUCUGGAGGAGAGGCUAGGGAAUUAUUAGAAUACUUUGCAAUUGCAGUUACAAUUGUAGUGGUUGCAGUUCCUGAAGGACUUCCCCUGGCUGUGACGUUAAGUCUUGCAUUUGCCAUGAAAAAGAUGAUGAAUGAUAAGGCACUUGUCCGGCAUUUAGCAGCUUGUGAGACAAUGGGCUCUGCUACAACUAUUUGUAGUGACAAAACUGGCACGUUAACAACCAACCGUAUGACUGUAGUGAAAACAUGCUUCUGUAUGAAUGUCAAGGAUGUGCAAAAGCCGAGUGAUGCAUCCUCCCUUUGUUCUGAAAUACCUGAUUCUGUACUCAAAACUUUGCUGCAGUCAAUUUUUAACAAUACUGGAGGAGAAGUUGUAGCUACCAAGCACGGGAAACCUGAGAUAUUGGGAACACCAACUGAGACUGCUAUAUUGCAGUUUGGUUUAUCACUUGGUGGCGAUUUUCAGAAAGAACGACAAGCUGGGAAACUUAUAAAAGUUGAACCAUUUAACUCUACAAGGAAACGCAUGGGUGUGGUGCUGGAGCUUCCUGAAGGAGGUUUAAGGGCUCAUACUAAAGGCGCUUCGGAAAUAGUUUUAGCUGCCUGUGACAAGGUAAUUAAUUCCAGUGGGGAGGUUGUUCCCAUGGAUGAAACAUCAACUAACCAUCUGAAGACCACAAUUGAUCAGUUUGCCAAUGAAGCUCUUCGCACUUUGUGUCUUGCAUAUAUGGAGCUGGAUAAAGGAUUCUCCCCUGCUGCUGAUAUUCCAGUUUCUGGGUAUACUUGUAUAGGUAUUGUAGGUAUAAAGGAUCCUGUUCGUCCUGGAGUCAGGGAGUCUGUUGCACUCUGUCGUUCAGCUGGGGUCACUGUUCGAAUGGUUACUGGAGAUAACAUCAAUACUGCAACAGCCAUAGCUAGGGAAUGUGGUAUACUGACUGAUGCUGGUAUCGCCAUUGAAGGUCCAGUUUUCCGGGAGAAGAGUCAAGAAGAAUGGCUAAAACUGAUUCCCAAAAUUCAGGUGAUGGCUCGGUCUUCACCACUAGACAAGCACACGUUGGUCAAACAAUUGCGUACCACAUUCAAUGAAGUGGUAGCAGUUACUGGUGACGGAACUAAUGAUGCUCCUGCACUUCAUGAAGCAGAUAUUGGACUUGCUAUGGGCAUUGCUGGAACUGAGGUUGCCAAAGAGAGCGCCGAUGUGAUCAUAUUGGAUGACAAUUUCUCCACAAUUGUGACAGUAGCCAAAUGGGGACGUUCAGUCUAUAUAAACAUUCAGAAAUUCGUUCAGUUUCAGCUGACUGUUAAUAUUGUUGCAUUGGUUGUCAACUUCUUGUCAGCUUGUUUUACUGGAACUGCUCCACUUACUGCUGUUCAACUCCUGUGGGUUAACAUGAUCAUGGACACUUUAGGAGCCCUUGCCCUCGCGACAGAGCCUCCUCACGAUGAACUAAUGAACAGAGCCCCAGUAGGCAGGACGGGAAAUUUUAUAAGUAACGUCAUGUGGCGGAAUAUCUUGGGACAAUCCUUAUACCAGUUCGUAGUAAUAUGGUUUCUUCAGUCAGUCGGAAUGGGAUUUUUUCGUUUAAGUGGCCCUGAUGCCACACUAACCCUCAAUACAAUUAUCUUCAACACAUUUGUAUUCUGCCAGCUCUUCAAUGAAAUAAACUCCCGAGAGAUGGAAAAAGUUGAGGUUUGGGAAGGAAUGCUUGAUAAUUACGUAUUUGUUGUAGUUAUCAGCGUAACACUUGUGUUCCAAAUCAUAAUUAUAGAAUAUCUGGGGACAUUUGCAAGCACAACACCUCUUUCAUUCUGGCAAUGGUUUGUUAGUGUAUUUUUCGGAUUCUUGGGCAUGCCAGUUGCAGUAGCCUUAAAGGGGUUUGAGGUAUGAAGUAAAUAAAUUGAAGGUACCAGGUCUUUUUGAUAUUGCAGCCUCAGUUACACAAUUGUAGAUCCCAAAAUUCCUUCACAUUUUCCCUGGUUUUUCUUUAGCUCUAGGGGAAAAAGAAAAAAGAAAACACCAAAAGAAUUAGGAGGAUGAAUCCAGUAUUCAAAAGUUUGUGAUUUGUGAAGAGUGUCUAGCCUAGGCUUUCAAGCAGCUUGUGAUUCACCUAAAAUUUCAGCACAUAGAACAGUAUCAACUCCUUCAAACAGCUACUUGUAGUUCUUUAGCAUUUUUCUGAUUUGUUGGAUUUGUCAUGUAAUUAUAACUUUACCUGUUGAUGAAGAGAUUUUUCCUUUAAGCUUCCAGUUCCUUCUAUCUAAGUGUGGCUCUUCUUGUUCUGUUUGUUGGAUAAAAUGCAAUAAAGGAACAUUGUCAAAUU